CUUGUACUGCAAUUCAUGUGACCACAAGAGCAAACAUGGCGGAAGUAGACGCGACGAAGUCUCUGAGCGGCUUGUUAAAUGGAAUCGCGCAGAAAGUGUAUUACAACAACAGCGAGAUCACAGAGGAGCUGCUGAGAAGCGAACUCUACCCCGAGAUGUCGCCGGACGAGUUCACAGCUUUGCACGACAAAAUGAAAGGCCUUUUAAAGUCCAUCGCCACAGCAGACAUGGACCAUGCCCAGCUGGAGGCCUUCCUCACAGCUCAGACCAAGAAACAAGGUGGUGGUGGCUUGAGCGCUGAACAGGCCGCUGCGCUCUCUCGUUUCUGGAAAAGCCAACGAGUUCGAGUUAAGGAAAGCUUGGUGGCUCAUAGCCGCUGGGAGCCCAGCCUCAGGGGCCUUUCCUGGAGGGUGGAUCUCCAGACUGCAGCCAGCCGACGGGGAACAGCUCACAGCGGCCUAGUUGCCCUGGUUGAGCUCGAGCUUGGCAGAACAGGACAAGUCCCCAAGCUCAGAGAAAGCAGAUCAGCAGACCAGAGCGGCCCAUACUCUCAAUGUGCACAAUGCCACUGUACUACUGUUCAGCACUAUUAUUGCCCUAUUCAAGUCGAUUUAAAUGUAGCAAAUAAAAGCUCAAAGGCUGAAGAAGACUCAGAGUUUGUGUGUCUGGAGUUUGAUGAAACCAAAGUCAAUCAAGUGUUGAAGAAGAUGGCUGACAUUCAGGAGAGCAUCGACAGAAUUGUUCACAGUACCUGAAAAUACUUCCUGAAAGUUUAUCUCAAACAGCAGAGACAGAAAGAUAACUGUGACUAAGAGUCCAAUGUUGAGGCAUAGUUUUUCCACUUGCUCACAGAUUUACCAGAAAUGAAAGUGGUGUGUACGUGUACAGAUAUACACACCACUAUCCAUUCUAGUAGACAAUACUUGUGGUCAUCCUCUGAGAAUAAGUGGUCAUUAAAGAAGAACUAUUCCUCUCUUUGCAAUAUAGUUUCCAAAGCUUUGGGAUUCUGGGAUUAUGAGAAAUAAGAAAUGUGAUGAAUCUAAAGUGAAAAAAAGCAAUGUAUUACAAUAUAAUUGUAGAUAUUGUAAAACUAAAUAAAAACUAUCCCAUGUGUAUUUUAAAAAAAAAAUUAUUAUUAAGAGGGACAGAAAGAUUAAGUUGUUUGUGAUUACUAUUAAUAUUAUAUUUUUUAAAAAUCUCCUGCAGCAUCACCUUCAUGGCCAUGGUGUUGGAUAAAACUGUGUUUAAACUACAUGUAAAGUAAUAAUUGGAAACUCUUUCAACUGUCUACAGCCUGACAAAACUAAAUCAGAAAUAUGCAAAUUUCAUUAGACAGAUUCAGUUAUCAAAUUAGGGUAUUGUUACAGUCAGUUGUUUAUAGUAUGGACAUGCUAACUGUAUCUGGUAGCAAGGAGCACAUUUCUCAGAACAGUAAUAAUUAGCAAAAAAAAAAA